GCUAGGCGAUGCCCCGCGAAGUCACCCGGAAGAUUAACUCCCGUAGGCACGGGCUUGUCCGUCUUCGAUGCCUGAGGCGUACCUGGGAGGGGCGCCCACCGAAUGGGGUGAGAGGACGACGAACCCCUGGGAAGGAGGGAUGCCGGGAUGCCCAGGCCUGUGGUGCUGAGCGCUGCGGCGGUGGCGGCGCUGGUGGCCGCCCUGGUGGCUGCCUUGCUCCUGCUGCUGCUUGAGGACGCAGGACUGGGGGCUGGCUCCAGCAUGGCGGAGACAGAGGCGCUGCCGAAGCUUCGGGAAGACUUCCGGAUGCAGAAUAAAUCCGUUUUUAUUCUGGGCGCCAGCGGGGAAACCGGCAGAAUGCUCCUAAAAGAAAUCCUGGAACAGAGCCUAUUUUCCAGAGUCACAGUCAUUGGACGGAGGAAGCUGAACUUCGAUGAGGAAGUUUAUAAAAACGUGAAUCAAGAAGUGGUGGACUUUGAAAAGUUGGAUGACUACGCUUCUGCCUUUCAAGGUCAUGAUGUUGGAUUCUGUUGCCUGGGUACCACCAGAAAAAAAGCCGGGGCGGAGGGAUUUGUUCGUGUUGAUCGAGAUUAUGUCCUGAAAUCUGCAGAACUGGCAAAAGCUGGAGGGUGCAAGCAUUUCAACUUGCUGUCCUCUAAAGGAGCUGAUAAGUCGAGCAAUUUUUUAUAUCUGCAAGUUAAGGGAGAAGUGGAAGAUAAGGUGGAAGAAUUAAAAUUUGACCGUUACUCCAUAUUUAGGCCUGGAGUUCUGUUAUGUGAUAGGCAAGAAUCUCGCCCAGGUGAAUGGUUCGUUAGGAAAUUCUUUGGCUCCUUACCACAAUCUUGGGCCAGUGGGCAUUCUGUGCCAGUGGUGACCGUGGUUAAAGCUAUGUUGAACAACGCAGUGAGACCAAGUGACAAGAAGAAGGAACUGCUGGAAAACAAGGCCAUCCAUGACCUGGGGAAUGCUGAUGGCUCUCUCAAGCCAUGAUCACACCUGAGAAAUCCUUUUUUGGUCAAACUCAAUACCCACCACCUAAUUGGUAAUUUCAGGGAGAGAAAAAAGUCAGUGUGCUUUAACUGUGGCUUCACUGUUUUCAGCCAGUCAGAUCCCAAAAAUGAUUGUACUCUGCAUCAGUAGUUCAGAGCCUGGUUGUACAUAUAUAUACAGGUAACUCUUGAAAAACACAGGUUUAAACUGCACAGUUUCACUUAUACAUUCAUUUUUUUUUCCGAUAAAUAUAUAAAUGUAUUUUCUAGUCCCUGUGAUUUUCUUAUUGUCUUUUCUCUAGCU